AGCUAUCAGUUAUCGCAUUCGCGGAUAUUCGCUUGUAUAUUUACGAGACAGUGCGUUCAGUUGCUAGCCACGAUAUAAAUUCCUGAGCAAGCGUUUGCAAAGUGGUUAAAUUGAGACCCGGUGAUAGCCACUCGAGUUACCUUUAACCUCGAAUAAUUUUUCAUAAUUAGCAGCGAUUAAAUAUAAGCAAGGAAACGAUGAAAAGCAUCGGAGACACUGUUAGGGUAAAGGAAGAGCCGAGCGAUACUGGGACAGAUGCAGGUGACGAUUAUAAUUUACGUUCUAUAGACUCUUGCGAAGCGAAAACGUCUAAAAAAUUCACUUUUCACAAAUCACCAGCAAAUCACGUGAAUGAAGCUAUUGCAUUACAGCCAAGGUUAAAUAAAAAAAUACUCAUCGAUUUCGAGUGCAAAGAGAUUAAACCUGAACUGUCGUCAACCAUGUGCAAAACUGAGUAUCAUAGUUUUGUGAAAGUGGAAAACGAAAUUCCAACGAAUCAAAAACGUCUAAUGAUUUUAAUCAAGAAAGGAUUCAAUUACGAAAAUUACAGUCGGUUUGACGAAUCCGAGAAGGUAGAAAUAUUUGGAAAAACAACUCAAACCAAAGUUUCUAACAAGUCCAAUUUGAGUCGAAAAACUUUUAAAGAAAAAAAAUCUUACGAAUGUAACAUUUGUCGUAAGUUAUUUGGACAAGAUGAACUCCUUAAAAGGCACAUUAGUGCAGUACAUGAACUAAAAAAACCGUUCGAAUGUGACAUUUGUCGCAAAUCAUUUGGAUACAAACAUUCGCUCAAAGAUCACGUAAAUGGAGGACACGAUCCUAGCAAAUGGUUCGAGUGUGACAUUUGUCACAAAUCAUAUGGACAAAAAGGUUACCUCGAACUUCACAUCCAAGCAGUCCAUUAUCACAGCAAACCGUUCGAGUGCGAAAUUUGUCAUAAAUCUUUUGGAUUCAGUAGUAACCUCAUUAACCACAUAAAUAGUGUACACGUUCGGAGCAAACCCUUCGAAUGCGACAUUUGUCAGAAUUCAUUCGGACGCAAGGCAACCCUCGAAUAUCACAUAAGUAGAGUACACAACUGUAGCAAACCGUUCAAGUGUGAUUUUUGUAAAAAAUCAUAUGGUUCUAAAACCUACCUCAUUGAACAUAUAAAUUCAGUCCAUAUGCAAAGAAAACCCUUUGACUGUGACAAUUGUCGAAAAUCAUUUAAAAGAAAAAGAAACCUCAAGGCUCACAUAAAAGCUGUACACGAUCGUAGCAAACCCUUCGAGUGUGAGAUUUGUCACAGAUCAUAUGGACAAAAAGGCCACCUUAAAAGGCACAUAAAUAUUGUACACUUACGAAGCAAACCAUUUGAAUGUAGGAUUUGUCACCAAUCGUUUGGAUAUAAAACUGUACUUAAGACUCACAUGAAUGAAGUACAUGAUUGUAAUUAA